AUGCCCCCUAAGGUUCUCGUCAUCGCGGGGUCUGACAGUUCCGGCGGAGCCGGUCUCGAGGCAGAUCAAAGAGUUCUGACCGCCCAUGGCGUCUACUCUCUUACAGCGACGACGGGCUUGACGGCACAAAACACGCUUGGCGUGCAGGACAUACAUAUUGUGCCAGCCGGGUUUGUGCAGAAGCAAAUCAAUGCUGCUUUGGAGGAUGUCGGGGCAGAUGUUGUCAAGCUUGGAAUGCUGUCGUCGGCACAGACGGUGGAUGUUAUUGCGGAGGAGUUGACGAGACAUGCCGUCAAGACCAUUGUUCUUGAUCCUGUAAUGGUGUCAACCUCUGGCUCGCGUCUUCUCCCUCUAGAUGCAAUCGAGCAUGUGCGCUCAAAACUGCUUCCUCUCACCACCAUCCUAACCCCCAACAUCCCCGAAGCCCAGCUUCUUCUCGAAAAUGCCGGUGUCGCAGUCAGCGAACCACAGAAUGUAGACGACAUGAUCAGACUUGCCAAGCAAGUGAAAGGCUUGGGAGCCAAGGCUGUUUUACUGAAAGGCGGCCAUUUACCAUUCACCUCGGAUCGGAUGCGAGCGAAGGCGUCUUCUGGUGAUGAUGCUAGCAUUGUCAUUGACGUCCUUGUGUACUCGACUAAUGGCAGCGAACAUGAUGAUGAGGUGCUACUAACCGAGACUGAAUUCCUAACUUCGAAAAACACGCAUGGAACAGGAUGCUCUCUCGCGUCUGCUGUUGCGGCAAACCUAGCACGAGGGAAUGACUUGAAAACGUCUGUCCGCUCGGCAAUCAAAUAUGUUGAGGCUGGUAUCAAGUUCAGUGUUGACAUGGGUCAAGGAAGUGGUCCGAUCAAUCAUUUUCACUCACUAUAUCAUCUGCCCUUUGCGCCUGGCCAAUUCGUAGACUACAUCCUAAACAGACCAGACAUGCAACCCAUAUGGCAAAGAUUCACGCAUCACCCGUUUGUAGCAGGACUCGGAGACGGCACCCUCCCCGUGCAGAAAUUCAAGGACUACCUAGUACAAGACUAUCUCUACUUGGUCCAAUUCGCACGAAGCAAUGCUCUAGCAUCCUACAAAGCUCGCUCGAUGGAAUCCAUCGCCGCGUCCGCAAGAAUAGUCCUCCACAUCAAAACCGAAAUGGCCCUGCACAUCGACUACUGCGCCAGUUUCGGCCUGACCCGAGAAGAAAUGGAAGCAACACCAGAACGACAAGCCUGCGUCGCCUACAGCCGCUACAUCCUCGACGUAGGACAAUCAGACGACUGGCUCGCUCUCCAAAUCGCGCUUGCACCGUGCCUCAUUGGCUACGGCGCGAUUGCGCGACGUCUCUACGACGACGGGAGCUCUGUGCGAGGGGAGCAGAAUAAUAAGUUUUGGAAGUGGAUCGAGAACUAUGUUGCGGAGGACUAUGUGACGGCUGUGAAGACUGGGUCUACUCUACUAGAGGAACACAUGCACAAAGUUUCACCGAGCAGAUUGGAGGAGUUGGUUACUAUCUUCAAGCGAGCGACGGAAUUGGAAAUUGGAUUUUGGGAUAUGGGCUUGGACAGUUAA